AUGCCUUACACACCGGUGAAUUCCUAUGAUAGCGAUCAAAAGAUCUGGAUUGGUGAGCCUGCUGUUAAAUAUUUUGACUCGGACAUGUCCAUUGGAGAGAUUAUUUUCCGAGAGAUGCGGCGCCAUCCGCAGCUCAUUGCCCAGAUCUCGGCUACAGAGAAAACAGUGCUGACCAGGGAGGAACUGCAUGCCAACUCGAUGCGAGUGGCCAGCUUCCUGCGAUCCGAGGGGCUUCUCCAAUCCGAUGUGGUGGGCAUUAUCGGCAGGAACACCACCCACAUGCUAGCCGUUGCCUACGCCUGUUUCUUCAACGGAAUUGCGUUCCAUUCGCUAAACAUCUCCUAUGACCGCGAGACGAUUGAAAAAAUCUACAAUAUAACAAAGCCACGCAUUAUUUUCUGCGACGGAGAUGAGUUCGAGAAAGUGCGAGCUGCCACCGCUCAGCUGGACGCAAAGAUCGUCACCAUGCGCAAUCAUCCUGCGGACUCCAUCAGUAUCGAUAAAGUUCUGGCCACCCCCAUUGAGGAAAACUUUCAGCCAGCUCGACUGGAACAGGGCAACGAUCAGACCCUAGCAAUUCUCUGCUCCUCGGGGACUACGGGUACUCCCAAGGCAGUAACCAUUACCAAUAGCCGGCAUAUCCUGGCAGCCAAUUAUCAUCUGACAACCGCUGAUAUUCAGUACUCCCAUAACACCCUGGACUGGAUUACAGGCCUGCUCACCACCAUAACCUCUGGAGUGUUCAGCACAACCCGUAUCAUUGCGGAUAAUAACUUCGACCCCGCCUUCGCCAUGCGAAUCAUCGAGGAGUACAAGGUCACAUGGACCAUACAGCCGCCCUCGAGCAUGGCCUUGAUGAUUAACAGUCCAGCCUUUGAGACUAGCGACCUGUCCAGCCUUCGAUGCUACAUGUUCGGAGGAUCCCGGGCUGCCAUCGAGGUCCAGAAGAGCAUCCGGAGUCGCUUGAGCCAGGACUGCCUGCAGUUUGUCUACGGUUUCACGGAGCUCGGCGCCAUGGCCACUAUCAACUGCCACUUUGACGAGAAGCCCGGAUCAGUGGGUCGGCUGCUCAACGGUCUAAGGUUGAAGAUAGUCAGUGAUGAUGGUCUACCGCUGGGACCCGAGAAAGUUGGGGAGGUGUGCAUCAUGAACAACCAGCACUGGUCGGGGUACUAUGGAAACGAAGCCGAGACCCGCUCCAUUCGCGAUCCACAGCAGUGGUACCAUACUGGGGACCUGGGAUACAUGGAUCGCGAUGGCUACCUGUACAUUGUGGACCGCAAGAAGGAGAUGCUGAAGUACCAAAACAUCAUGUACUAUCCCAACGACAUUGAAACCAUCAUCUCCGAAAUGCCCGACGUGGCCGAGGUCUGUGUCUUCGGGGUGUGGAGCAACAUCUACGGAGACGAGGCUGCCGCAGCCGUGGUGAAGAAACUGGGAAGCGAUCUCAAGGCCCAGGAUGUGGUGGACUAUGUGAGCUCACAAACGGACUCCAAGUACAAGCAGCUGAACGGCGGAUGCGUCAUCGUGGAGGACCUGAAGCGAAGUGCCAAUGGGAAAACCAAUCGAAUGGCCAACAAGGCUCACUUUCUGCAAGUAAAGGGUAGAAAGUAG